AGUGCGUUAGUGUCUUUCUGUAAACCCUACAAGCUUCACAAGAUAUUUGACACAUGCCGCAAAUGUGUCUCUCACGUUAACCUAGCAGUGUGUAGAUGUCACAUAGUCGCUGUCAACUUGUAAACCUAGCGGGUUAGCCGGAUGGCUAAUGAAAAUGAACUGUUAUGCAUUGUCGGACAAUCAGUUAGUGUUACUCCGGCUAAUGCUCCUUUUAGCCAUCUUGCUGCCACUGACAUCACUCCGUGCGCUGACGACAUGACAUGUCUGCAUAACUUUUUACAAAUGGACAUUUAAUUACUGUAAAAUCUCACUAUGGACAGCGAACGCAGCAAUUGCAGGCCCCAGAUUGGAGACAAUAGCAAGCUAGCCCAGCUAGCAAGCUGUCGUCGUUGCUGAGCUUGCUAAGGCUGUCCUGCCUAUAUGUCUGGAGCCGCACUGAAAACGUCGAGGUGCCUGCACCAUGGAUCAGGAGGAUAAGACAGACCAAAUCACAGCAGCUUGUAGCCAACAGAUGUUCUGCAACCAAGACCCAGAGCCAGCGCCCCAGCAGUCCAGCUCCAACAUCAUGUCUUCAGAUUCCAGAUGGGUGAGCAGCAGUACUGAAGACAUCGACCUAGUCAUAACUGAGGAUGGGUUCAGUAAUGGUUGCGAAGCUGAGACUAUGGUAGCAUUACACUGUCCUGGUGACAGCAGUGAUGCAGCUGUUGAAGGUGACCACCUUUCAAUGAGCAAUGAUGGUAUGUCAGAGUUUUCUAACAGUGACUUGUCACUGCCUGAGGUCUGCAUCUCUACCAACAGCAAUAGCUACGAGGAGAAUAUGAACUAUGAGAUCCAGCAAGCUUAUAAGAUAUUCACUGGCUUUCUCUUGGACAAGUACAAAGGGGUCACCAGCCCAUUUCUUCAACCCAUUGGCCACCAGGAGGCCCAACAUGGCAUUGGAGGAGUCCGGGGUCGGGGUCAGUCACAGCUCAAGCAGUCGAUGUGCUUGCGGAGGAUGCAAGAGAGGUUUAUCAGCCAGGAGUAUGAAACCAUAACAGAGUUUGUUGCAGACUUCAGGCUGAUGUUGGAGAACUGCUAUCGCUACCAUGGGGUGGACCACUGGGUCUCCAAACAGGCUCAAAAGCUGGAAAUCAUGCUGGAGCAGAAGCUCACAUUGCUAUCUAGGACACUUCGAGAGAAGACGACCUUGGCAGUGACUUCCAAAGGACGUUUUGGUGCAGAGGAAGAACGAGGUUCAGGGGGCACCUCCACAAGGAGGAGAUUGGCACCUCGUAGCUUGGCUACCAUCACUGUUGGUGGACAUGAGUCUAUCAUGGUCCAGACCCUACGCCUGGAAGAGCAACAGAGGGUCAAGGAGGAGAAGAGGCAACGGGAGCUUGAGAAAAAAGAAGCAGAAGAAAUGUCAGCCAAGGAGGUGGAAGAAUGGGAGCAGAGCUUGCUGUCAGAGGCUUCCCCGAACACUGUGGACACCCUUUGGGAACUCCCUGCUAUAGGGCACUUCCUCUGCCUGGCUCAGACUGCCCUCAACCUUCCUGAGAUUGUAUUUUUUGAGCUGGAGCGCUGUUUGCUAAUGCCCCGCUGCAGCCACCUCCUCUCUAAAAUCAUGUCUUCCCUACUAUCCCCAUCACAGAGACGGGCCACUCUGCACCGCCGGCCUGCCCUGCCUUACCGUCGCUGGGAGUCAGAGCUCAGGCAGCGGGUCAUGGGCUGGUAUCGAGCUGUUGGUGGCGCCCGUGAUCAGCCAACUCGGGCUGAACAGCUGGGACUCUGCCACCAGUUUUUCAGCACCAUGGGGGAGGUGAGUCCUUUGGAGGAGAAACCCUUUCACUUGCUGCCCUUCUAUCAGCGAGUGUGGCUUCUGAAAGGGCUGUGUGAUCAUAUAUAUGAGACACAGAAGGAUGUGCAGGAUGCUGUACUGGCGCAGCCCAUCCAUGAAUGUAGGGAGUCUAUUUUGGGCUAUGACAGCAAGGAGAAUGCCUAUAUACAUUUCCCACAUUUCUGCGGGGCAGACCUGAGGAUCUACUGCCAGAGCCCCAGCACACCCCCAGCUUUUCCUUUCCCUUCUAUAUGGGUCAAAAGGGUUGAAAUAGAGCCAGGGACAGAGGGUGAAGAGUCGGAUGUAAUGAAGGAGGAGGGGGAUAAAAGGGACAUGGGAUGUUGUGCAGGCUCCAUAGACACAGGAGAGUCUGAUGGUUUUGGGAAGGGGAAAGCAGAGACAUUUGGAUUUUUAAAAAGGGAAAAUGGGAAUGGCGAGGAAGAUGAAGAAAUGUUUAAAUCGUGUUCACUGAAGAACGAAGAGGGUUCUGAAUCAGGUUCCUCUGAUGGAGACUCCUGUGAGGACUCUAAAUUGGACUUACAAAUUCACAAUAACUCCUUGUCACUUUCACACACAAGUCCUAUUGGAGGAAGUAGUGUGAAAACUAAUUUGAAGGAAGAGACUGUUGUGUUUGAGCAUCACUCCAAGAGACCUGCAGUAAAACAAGGGCAGCAUUUCUCAUUGGGCUCAGUGCGCACCAUUAAAGCAGAGACACAGGAUCCCUGUCUGAGUGUGGGGGAGCACAGCUACACAGGCAGGUCCCCUGCUCGCUCUGUGAAUCAGGCUUCCCUUACCAAACCAGUGGGGAGUCACAGUCAGGGACACCAAAGGUCUUUCUGUUUGGACUGUUGUAGAAACAAAACUAGUGAUGUUAGAUCUGAGCAGUACGACUGCUGCUGUGGCACAUCAGGGCUGGCAUCACAGUUGUCUUCUGAAGGCAUUCAAAACUCAAGUGAAGAGAGGGUGGCUGACAGAAUCUGGGCAAAAAAAAAAAAGCGAAAGAAAAAGCGAGGGAAGGAACAGCUGCCGGGGGUGAAAGGAGAUCAUAGGCAGCUGCAGCACGUGGACAGGAUGAGCCUAUCCCCAGCUGAGGCUGCCAAGUCUGCAGUGCGGAGAGCUACCACAACGAUCAAGAGAAAAGACAAAAAGAAAAAACAUAAAGCAGGAAAAAAGCUUGAAUCUUCAAAGAAAAUUAAAGCUGAACCUCCAGUCGAGCCAUCAUUUAAGUUGGUAUGCACCAGUCUUGAAGAGUUGCGUGAGCUGAUCAGUAAAACAGAAGAUGAGCUUGAUGACCUGGAGAGCACCAAAAAGAGACUGGGCCGGUGGUAUUAUAGGAGAGAAGCAGUGAAAGACCUCCACAGCACUCUAAUCAGACUACUGAAUGAGCUUUCACCCUGGGAACCCAAACUUGUUAAGGCCUACCAAAGGAACAGGCUUCGUUUGAAGAAGGAAUUUCAUGAUUUCAAGAAGAACCCAGAGUACAAUAACUUUGUCCGUGAGGAGUGUAUGUCAUCAUCAUCAUCGGAUGAUGAUGAAGAGAGAGGUUUAGGGAAGGAGGCGUGUUCACUGUCGGAUCAUUAUAGAAGAUCAGAAGAAGACCUGGAACAUGUAGUUCCCAGAGGUCUUUGGACUGGAGCAAGCACCAGGCAGUUUGUGGCUGAGCCUGCUGGAGAGAGAACAGUGACUUGUAUAACUCCCAACCACCUAAGACACCCUCUGGCCAGCACAGAGACAGGCAUCAGUCUACUGCCAAGAGUUCAGGCUGGCAGCAGUAACAUUACUUCUACCCCUGACUCUGGAUCACAGUCUAGCUCAGAAAUGAUCCCAUCAAAUCAAUCCAGGGAUUCAGACUCGGCAUGGACAGCAAAGGUGUCAGCCCAGACUUCAUUGUCACACAAACCCCCCAUUCUCCACCCUACCACUGGACUACCUAAGGGCUACACGCCCAUUCCCACCCUGCUGGCUAAGAGUGUGGGAAACAAAGUGACCUUAAUGAAACGGCCUGUUGAUUUUCCAGCAGUCAACAAUGUAGAUGGACAGAGCAAAGGGUCUCCAGUCUCCCUGACUACCGCAAAACUUUCAGAAGCACAAAGUUCUCCAUCCAGUUCCCAGCAGAACUCACAACAACUGCAGGCACAAGGACUACAACAGACACAAGUACUUAGACAGCUUGGAAUGGCCACAGUGACGGCAGCUCUUUCUAAAUCACCACAGGCCAAACCAACCCAGACUGUACCAAAAAGUCCUGUCCAAGUGGUGUACAAGGUCCCUGAAGGGUUGGGUCACCUUGUAAGGAAAGACAACAGCAGUCCAGUCAAGAUCUCUGUUCAUCCUGUCCUGGACCAGAACACUGGGGAGAAGAUCAUGCAGCAAGUAGUGAUUCUGCCUUCUAAACUUCUCAUUCACAAAAAUGAAGAAAAGGUCUCUUCUUUACAUCAACAACAAUCUAAGGGCAUUCAGGUCCCAGUUUCUAAAGUGACCAGGCCCUUAUGUAUGUCUACCAAUGUGCCUGGGUUCACUAUUCCUGAAAAUAGAAUCCCUGUUCAGCAAGUGGCUCCCCUAAAAGAUCCCAGGACAGUGAGGACCCCUUCUCCUACUGUUUCCCCUCGACUGCAGCAUGGCGCUCUAAACACCCCAGGGUUCAAGGGGACACAAGUCUGUAGUGCUGAAGCAAGCACUCCACAGGGUGGUAUGCCAAACCCCUCUUCCAUCACAACUCCUGCCAGUGCAGUUUCUACUGAGCCUGUUAAGUCUACAGACCCUAAACAAGAGCUUAAGACUGUGUGUAUUCGUGACUCACAGUCCAUCCUUGUAACAACUAGAGGAGGCAACACAGGCAUUGUCAAAGUCCAGACAUCCUCAGACCAGAAUGCCCUUGGUUGUUUGCCCACCAGUCCAGUUAUCACCAUUUCACCUCAGUUUAAAGCCUUUCUUGUAUCCAAGACGUCAUCAACCUCUCCUUCUGCUCCUUCUCACACUUCCCCUUGUACCAUCCCAACAGUGACAAGUAUCUCAGUAGCCCAGCCUCAGAAGCAGGUUUCUUCAGUAUUGAGGUCUUCUUCCACUGUUACAACUCCAAUGGUCACUGCCCUUACUGGUGGCAUUCCUGUUCCAGGGCCAGGAAACCAGACUUCAGGAACAACUGUUGCCUUAAGUCAAGGCUCCAACACUUCAUCCGGUUCUAAGUUUGCAACGAAGAUUAGCCAGCUUGCACCGACAGCAGCUGCUGGUUCUCAUUUUCAAACUUCAGUAGUGAAAAACACUGUCGUUGUCCCAUCACUGAGUAGUUCUAGUGUUCCUCAAGUUCUCCCACAAUCUGAGUUCAUGUGCAAGCCUGGUGUGAAACGGGCCAGCAGCACAGAUGAGAGAUCCCAGGUUACUAAAUUUAUUCUGGUUACCCCCUCUUCUUCCUCUGCCUCAAAUGUAGCUGUAUCAAAAGACACACUUUCCUCCACAAAAUCACUUCCUAGUUCAAGAGUCAUGUUCAUCAGCCAGCCCACAGCAACAUCAUCCACCACCUUCGUUGGAAGUGUUCCAAAGCAAGCAAUAGCGACAGGGGCUGGUGGACAGCUACUGACCACCUCAUUAUCAGGUGAAACUCCGCUGAUGGGAUUAAACCCAGGCCCUCCUGUUGGUGGUAUCAACUCAGAAGCAUUGUCCAAAGUCAAUAACAUCACUUUGCCCACAGGGCUUCAAAUCCAGUUGUCAGGAAAGACAACAACCAUUGGACAGACCAUUGGUGCCCUGUCACGUUCCCCUUCUAAAAGUACACCAGUGUCUGAGCUUACUUCCCACACUUCUCUGACCAGCAACUCUCAGCUACAGGGUAUUCCUUCUUUUACUAUGAUCUCCCAACCAGGCUUUUCCACAUCUACUGCUGCCACACCUGCAGGAAACAUGAACAAGAAGGAUCUUGGUAUGCCCACAGGUAUACUGUCCAGCAACUCUUCUGCUCAGGUUACCACUACUGUGCAGAGUAGCCCAACCCAAACGUCCACAACCAACCUUGUCCGUCAGCCCCCAAAUAUCCAAAGCAGCAUUGGUGAGGAAACAGCUUCCAUGUUAUCUUCCUCUCACCUUACUCUCAAUGAAACCCAAACACAAAUCUCCUCGGCAGCAACCAUCAGUACCCCAUUCACCACCUCUGCGACUGGCACGAUUCAGCAGAGGAUACUCAUUAACACCUCUACACCCCUUGCUGCUGGUACACAGAUCCUCCUUAACAAUACACGCUUUGUAGUCCCUCCCCGGGGUUUAGGUCCAGGUAACCAUGUUCUCAUCAUCUCUAGCCCUGCACCACAACAAGUGCCUAGCACCAGUGCUACUAACAUUGGAGCAGCAGUACCUCCCCAUGGGGCGAGCUCUGUCACUGUAGCCCCUCGAGCACCAGUUUUACCCCAGUCCCCUGCCAGGCUGCCUGGUGUGCCAGCCAUAAGUUCUCCUUUUGUAGCAUGCACACCUGCUGUUGGUCCGUCAUUGCUAGCAAACACUCCCAAUGUCAGUUUGCCAGUUCAACUACCAGGAACACCUGGUAAGUGGUCCCCAGUGGUAACUAGUGCCUCUGGUCUUGGCUCAGCGCUGGCUCCAAUCAGGUUAGCUGCUGGUGCACCCAGGCGAGCUGAAUGUUCAUCCUCCAUUUCACCUGCAGUAGCCCCCUUUCUGCCCAGAUUGUCAGCAACUCUAGCAUCCUGGCCUGUUUUACCCAGCCCAUCAUCUGUUUCCCUACCAAGUCCCGUCAUACCAGUUCCAGUACCCCUUUCCUCAACCCCAGCCCCUGUGAUAGCGAGCACACCACAUUUGCAUUCUCUUCCUGCUCAGCAAGAGGUUUCAGUGACAACCCUGGGUCCAGGCAUACAGCCCCAGCAGACAGCAGUUAGAAUUGGAGCACCCUCCACUGCUCCUUCACAGUUUUUGGCAAAUAUGGGCGUUGGAUUCACAACAGUCAAAAAACAGGCAGUCAUGCAAUCUGUGUUUGCUGGCACACGGACACAAGUAUUGCCAACAGUGGCUGUCCCUCCAAUUGUAAGCACAGUGUCAAGGAUGCAGACGCUGCCCAUUGCUACAGUUCCACCAAUCGGAAGCACUGUCAGCAGCUUUGAAACCGCACCUGUGGUGACCACACCUCCAUGCUGCAACACUGUAAUAAUAACUCCAGCUCAACCAAUCACAUCACUGAAGACAAACAACACCAUCCACCAACCCGUCGUUCUGACCAAUCAAGCACUGGGAAAACACUCGCUGCAGACCUCAGCUUUAGGUAUGCAUACCAAUGUAGCGUCCAAGCUACUCAUUAGUCCUGAUGGUGCUGUUUUGAGUACAGUUCAGUGCCAGGUCAAUCCCGCAGAGUUGACCGCCUGCCCCAAACCACUGGCUGCACUGGUGAUUUCACCCAACAGUUCCACUGGAGCACUACACACCCAUGAUUCCUCUUUACAGCCUUCCCAGGCAGAUACAAAGUGAACCAAUUAACUGAGACCAUGAGACAGCUAUGUGAGGACUGAGACACUUCUCAGCUGCUUGUUUUGGCAGGGCUCAUAUUCAUCACUUAUAGUAACCUUGGGUUUGUUAAAGAACUGUUUUCCAGCUGAAGUUGAACUCAACCUAAAUUUAAGACACAGUAGGUCAUACCCUCUGCUUAGACGAUCUUAUAAGUAAGCUGGAUGCUCAGACAGACUGGAAAUGUAUACUGUGAUGAUUGUUUUCUAAAUUGAAAACUAUUGAGGUUUCCCUCAGAUGAAUGUUGUAGACUCAAGACUUUUUUUUUAAUUUCAUGGCCAGUAUUGACAACUGUUAUAAAAAUCAGUAGAGUGAGAGGGUAGAAAAAAUGGAUUUCAACUCAAGUUUUUGUAAUACUUUUCAAUGCUACUAGAUACUGCUUCAAGUGGUAAUUAUUGGGAUACUAUUCAUUGGUACACCUUGCUUUACUUAACUGUCUGAACAGUACAACUGUUAUCACCUUUUUUUCAACUAGUAACAGUUUGAAACCUACAUCUUACUUUUUAGAAAUAUAAAUAAACUAAUAGAAGAAUUUGUACUACAUGUUUGAGCCCAUAUAAAAUGUUUUGAAGUCGCAUUUAUUUAUUUUUACCAUAUAGAUUUUUCAAAAAUAUUUACUAGGUACAUUUUCAUUGAACAAAUGUGGACGUUACUGCAUGAAAAUAAACAAUGCAACUGUCCC